UCUGAUAAUACCGGUUAGGUCGGUUCACGAGCCGAUUUUUAGGUGAGGGCGACAAGGAGACUAUUAAACUAUCUUAAUUGGAAUAGGGAGACAGGCACAGGAAAAAAAAAAAAAAAAAAAAAAAAAAGUGGAAAAUGGCGUUAAUUGGAGUGAAUCAACUCACUGUAUCUUGUGCUGGUUUUGGGUGUUCAUCAAAUCCCAGAAUUCUCGGCAUUUCUCUCAAUCCCUUCACCAAAAAGCUCUCUUCUUCAUCUUUCACCUAUUCCCCAUUUGAAAUUCAGAAAAUUCAACUGUUGCCAAACCUAAAAUGGGCUACUUUAAGAAUUCAUUGUUCUUCAAAUUCCUGCCUAACUAUUCAGGGAAAUGCAGCUGUGAAGGGGAAAAGCGUUUCUGUAAUACUACUCGCUGGUGGCAAGGGCAAGAGAAUGGGUGCAAGCAUGCCGAAGCAGUACCUUCCACUUCUGGGCCAACCUAUUGCAUUGUAUAGCUUGUACAUUUUUUCUCAGAUGGUCGAAGUGAAAGAAAUUGUUGUUGUUUGUGAUCCAUCCUACAAGGACAUUUUUGAAGAAACCAGGGACAAGAUACAUGUCGACCUCAGAUUUGCUGAACCUGGGAAGGAAAGACAAGAUUCUGUUUACAGUGGACUUCAGGCCAUUGAUUCUGAUUCUGAACUUGUCUGCAUCCAUGAUUCUGCUAGACCAUUGGUAUUGUCUCAAGAUAUAGAAAAGGUUCUUAGAGAUGGUUGGCUGCAUGGAGCUGCUGUACUCGGUGUUCCUGUUAAAGCUACAAUCAAGGAGGUCAGUAACGAGAGCUUUGUUGUGAAAACUUUGGACAGGAAAAGUCUUUGGGAAAUGCAAACUCCUCAGGUUAUCAAGCCUGCGCUGCUCACAAAAGGCUUUGAUCUUGUGAACAGAAGAGGACUAGAGGUCACUGAUGACGUGUCUAUUGUGGAACAUCUUGGUCAUCCAGUGUACAUUACGGAAGGUUCUUAUACCAACAUCAAGAUAACUACCCCUGAUGAUUUUUUAGUUGCGGAGAGAAUACUAAAUCCAAUUUCAAGUCCCUAGGUAAAUAAUAUUUUAAUUAAUAUCCGUCUUCGGCAAUCUUUAGUCUCAUGCCUUGGGGUCCUUUUUGGGGUUAUCUAUAUGAUUUAUAGUGUCCUUGAGAAUAAGGCUUUGAUAUUGUUGAUAUUGUUGUGUCAUUGACGUGCAAAUUAUAGAAAUUGUUUGCCUUUUGUUGAAGCAUGAAAACUGUAACAAUUACGGAACACUCUAGAUGUGAAGCUUGUUAUUAGCGAGUGAAGUUGUUUUUCUUGUGCA